AUGGGCGUCGGAAACAAGCGCACAAUCACCAAAACGAGGCGGAAGACGAGGGAUGUCGACCAAAUCAAAGCCGACCUACUCUCCACGAGGCAUCUCAGCCAGUUCAAGGACACCAAAGCCGCCGAGGAUCUCCCCGGCCUUGGCCGAAAUUAUUGCAUCGAAUGCGCCAAGUGGUUCGACACCGAGUCGACAUUGAAUGCCCACCGCCACGGCAAGCCUCACAAGCGCAGAGUCAAGCAGCUGCGCGAAGAGCCGGACCCUGACCCCCGGACAGUUCCAGGGGGGUCAGUCAACCCACGUACGAACAAUGCCGAAGAAGAGGGCGGUGGCGUAGCAGCCGUCGACGUCAACAUGGCGACUUGA